UAUUUUUGAUCAACUUACAUUCGAUAAAGGCUUCAAUAUUUUUUAAAUUUUUCUUUUUUAAAUUUGCAAUACCUAAAUAUACAGCAUCAAACUUUUGUUCCAAUUGUAUCAACAGUUAACCUUUGUCGUAUUUUGUCGCUGAAACUUAAGAAAAUUUAAACUUUAUCACGAGGAUGCAAAUUCUUAGAUAUGAACAUUUUUGCAUAAGCUCUUUUCAGAUGUAUAUAAGUGGAAGAACAGUGAUCAAAAUAAAACUUAUUUUGUAUUUAUCAUAUUCUCAAGUUCCGCAUAGUUUGAAGAUUUUAGCAAGUUUUUGUCAUAAUUUUGUGAAAUAUACAAUUCAACAUGGGAUUUUUGACGAUACUGAAGAAAAUGAAACAAAAGGAAAAGGAAAUGAGGAUUCUGCUACUUGGCCUUGACAACGCCGGCAAAACGACAAUCCUCAAGCGGUUCAAUGGGGAACCAAUAGAUCAGAUAUCGCCCACCCUGGGGUUCAACAUAAAAACGCUGGAGUACAAUAACUACACCCUGAACAUGUGGGACGUGGGCGGACAAAAGUCGCUCCGGUCAUACUGGCGGAACUACUUCGAGUGCACCGACGGCCUAGUGUGGGUGGUGGACAGUACCGAUCGGAUGCGCAUGGAAUCGUGCCGCGAGGAACUGGCCAUGUUGCUGCAAGAGGAACGACUUGCCGGGGCCACUUUGCUGGUACUGGCCAACAAGCAAGAUCUCCCGGGAGCGCUGACGGCUAACGAAAUUAGAGAGGUGCUGCAGUUGGAGAAGAUCGAAACUCAUCAUUGGGCGAUUCAUGGGGUCAGUGCCGUGACCGGGGGGAAACUGGUCGAGGCUAUCGACUGGCUGGUGGACGAUAUUUCCAAGCGAAUAUUUACACUGGACUAGGCGACGUGGGCCGCCGUUAGCACGAACCGCUCAGUAAUCAACGAUCCCGCGCAGCCGUCAACUAUUUCACCAUUAAACUCCCGAUACCGCAGCAAGGCCAUCCAAGGGAACUCAAAGA